AUGUCUACGUCUAUACCGGACACUGAAACGCUGUCGAAACUCUCCCAUCUCGAGGUUUUCGAUGCCUCCGGAAAGAAAGUUCGCUUUGGAUCCCUUUUCGAGAAUCAAACAGUCACUGUUGUGUUCAUUCGUCAUUUCUUCUGUGGGCUCUACGUCUCUCAGCUCUCCUCCGAAUUUCAGAAACUAUCUCAGGUUUUCAAAGAAGCCAAUGUUGAUAUCAUCGCGAUAGGAUGUGGAGAUUGGCAGCCAAUUGAGAAAUACUCAGAUAUCACUGGGUUUCCUUCCAGCAAGAUUUUCGCGGACCCGUCGUUAGGCGUAUUCCAUGGGCUGGGGAUGGACAUACAAACACUUGCUCGUACGCCGACAGGAGAGAAGAGGGCAAGUUACCUCACCGAAGGAAUAAUAAAGGGUUCGCUGUGGAGUAUAUGGAAAGGAUUGAAGAAUCCAAGAUUAAUCGGUAAGCAAGGUAAUAUCGCACAACUUGGAGGCGAGUUCAUACUUGGACCGGGAAACCGAUGUACUUUUGCUCAUCGGAUGCGGCAUGCGGAGGAUCAUGCGGAAAUUUCGGAGUUGCUUGAAGGAGCGGGUCUUCGGUCUUCUUUGAUCACCACCAGUUGA